AUGAAGGUGAAAGUUUUGAGUAGAAACCCUGACGAACAUUUGCGUGAGACCAAAUUGGACAUCCACAAAGUCCCAAGAAAUUAUGAUCCAGCAUUGCAUCCUUUCCAAGCUCCUAGAGAGUACACAAGGGCUCUGAACGCCGUUAAACUCGAUAAAGUGUUUGCCAAACCUUUUAUUGGAAAUUUGGAUGGACACAAAGAUUCAGUGUCAUCCAUAUGUAAACAUCCUAGUCGUUUGCAAAUUUUGAUAAGUGGAAGUUUCGAUGGCGAAGUCAAAGUAUGGGAUUUGCCUAGAAAAGAAUGCAUGCGCACAAUUUUGGCCCACGAUGGAAUUGUUCGAGGUAUCACAUAUUCACCUGGCAGUCAGAGUUUCAUGACCGUUGGUGAUGACAAAACAAUCAAGACUUGGAGUUGUGAAAACCCUAAAGAAGAUAAACAAGAUGAACCAACUAAUACAGUUUUGAGUAAGACGAUAAUUACUGCUAUUUCACACCAUCGUACAGAUCCAAUGUUUGCUACCUGUGGAGAAGUUUGUCAGUUGUGGGAAGAAACUAGAAAUGAACCUAUAAAUAGUUUUAAAUGGGGAGUUGACAGUUUACAUGAUGUUAAAUUCAAUCAAGUGCAAACUAAUUUGUUAGCUUCGUGUGCUAGCGAUCGCAGCAUCAUAUUAUAUGAUACAAGAGCUGCAGGCGCUAUAAGAAGAGUCAUCAUGAGACUUCGAGCAAACAAAAUGGCCUGGAAUCCUAUGGAAGCAUUUACUUUUACUUGUGCUAGUGAAGAUUACAAUUUGUAUACAUAUGACACACGUAAUUUGAAAACACCUGUCAAUGUUCAUAAGGAUCAUGUGAAUGCAGUAACAGAUGUUGAUUACAACCCAAAUGGCAGAGAAUUUGUUUCUGGAUCAUAUGAUAGAUCAGUAAGAAUAUUUGAAACACAGAAAGGUCAUUCUCGUGAAGUUUACACUAAUAGAAGAAUGCAGAGACUCACUUGUGUUGCCUGGACAAGUGAUAGCAAAUAUAUUCUUAGUGGAAGUGAUGAGAUGAAUAUUCGAAUUUGGAAAGCUAAGAGUUCAGAAAAACUGGGAGUGUUGAAACCAAGAGAAAAAGCUGCUCUAAAUUAUAGCGAAGCUUUGAAAGAAAAGUUUGCAGCUCAUCCACAAGUACGACGUAUUGCAAAUCAUAGAAAACUUCCCAAACAUAUUUUCAACGCAAGAAACGAGCAUCGUACAAUUACGGAGAGUCAAAAGAGAAAAGAAUCCAAUCGUCGUCGUCAUUCAAAGCCAGGUUCAGUUCCUUUUGUUGCCGAAAGAGAAAAGCAUGUUGUGCGAGAGGAUCGUUAAGAACUUUAACAAUUACUUUAACUUGUUUAGUUGUAAAUAUUUUAGAUUCAAUAAAGUUUGUUAUUUUUUAAAUGAA